GUGGCCGAAUGCUAAUGUGUAGCGCUGAAUUAUCCCUCGGGUCUACGUUGGGUCCAACCUGGAGGUUUAUGUUGAACCUGCAAGCUCAUUUGUACUGUGGUGUAACGGAAAGGCGAAAUUAUGGCGCUAAUGCUUCCGAUAUUCAAUCCGGAGAUGCCAUGCCUUGGGGCCAUCCUUGGUGGAUUGCAGCCGGGAAAGAAAAUCAUAGUCCAAGGAACACUCACAGCUGACAGAUUUAACAUUAAUCUGCAAUACGGCCCCGAGGUAGAUCCGCGAGAUGACACCGCGCUGCAUUUGAGCAUUCGGCCGGGCGAUAGGAGAAUCGUCCGAAACACAUACGUCGAUCAGUGCUGGCAGGAUGAGGAACGGUCCGGAGGAUGCCCGAUCAGCACGGGGGAACCAUUUACGCUGGAAAUCAGAGUGAAGGAUACGCACUACUCCAUUCGCUUCAAUGAUGAGAAGUAUUGCACCUUCUCACAUCGCAUGCCGUUCGAAAUGGUUAACUUUAUACAUCUUGGAGCUGGUGCCAGUAUUGAUUCGGUGCUGGAAACGUUUUAACGUCGAUCGUUUUGCAGUGGUAGAAUACUGAUAUUCAACCGUUAACAAAACCGACGUAGGUUUGUUGACUUGCUUAUCAUACUGAGUGAUUAUAACAGUUAUCGACUUCAAGGAUUAUCUAUUUUUGUAAUCAAAUUUAGUUGACUGAGUCACAACGGUCUAAUAAAUUACACUGGAAUUUA